UGUUUUUUUCAGAGCCUUAUAAGGCUCUGUUUUUGUGUGUAGAACUAGUCACGUCAUCGCAAACCGCAGAAAAGCUCUGGAAUCUUUGGGAAAAACCGCGAAACCAUCACUUGGAAUUCUGACUCCGUAGUGAGUAGUUGACAGAAAAGCUCCGUGAAUUGUCAGAAGUAUUUAGGUUUAUUUACGCAAGGCUUUAUCCUGUGUUUUCCCCCCGUCUUUGCCUCACUUUUUGCCUUGACUUGACUUUACUUGACUUGACUUUACUUGACUUGAGAGGGAAAACGAGGUAGCUCCUAAGCUCUCCACAACCGUUGCUAAGCGGGAGCUAACGUUAGCUUAUAGCUAGCUAGCUUCUAGGCGGGAGAAGAUUCCCGCCCACCCGUCUUUGCCUCACUUUUUGCCUUGACUUGACUUUACUUGACUUGACUUUACUUGACUUGACAGGGAAAACGAGGUAGUUCCUAAGCGUCUCCACAACCGUUGCUAAGCGGGAGCUAACGUUAGCUUAUAGCUAGCUAGCUUCUAGGCGGGAGAAGAUCCCUCCCCCCCCCCACCUUUGCCCUCUGGACUCGCGGAUCAUCUGUGGACUUCCAGAAAAUAAUAAGAACGAGUAAUGGACUCCAUUGAGAAGGCAUUACAGACUGUGCUACCACAGCUAGAUCAAGUGAAACUUGAAACUUUGGUCAAUGAGUUGUUGAAAGUAGGUGUUGAAGGACCAGGAGAUCUGCAGUUCAUCCAAGAAGAUGACAUCAAACAUCUGCUCACACCUAUUCAGUGCAGAAAGAUUAUUCAUUCCUUGAAAGGAGGUCCUACCAAUCCCCAGCUGAGCCCUUCAUCGCCUGAGCCACUGUCAGUUGCCUCUUCCAGCACAUGCCCCAUAUCACCCAUCAGUCCCAUCUCUGCAUGGGUGAACAGUUUUGAGGUGCCAUGGAACAAAGUGAGGGCGACUCUUAGAAGAGCAGUAGAUGCUGGUGAGAGGCCAGCUCCAGAUGACCGCAGACACUUGAUAAGAGUCAUUGUUGAUGCGAUGAGAGAGCAUUCUUUGAACCCUACUCGCAGAGAGUGCAUGGUAGUGGCUAAAGCUAUAACUGAAAAAUAUCCAAAUAGCUUUUUAGACAAAAACGAAGAAGGGGAGCUAAUUGGAUGUGGGUAUUUCAGUGUUAUAAAUCAGCUCAAGAUCAGAGUAGAAUAUGUGAAUCGAGGCAACACUCUUUCCCGUCUGAGGAAGCACAAACGCACCCAGAGAGAUGAUGGGGAUGGUGAUGAUGACCAACCAGCAGUAGCUACAUGUGCAAGAGUCGACAGUUAUGGGUGUGUUCGUUGGCAGCCAGAGGACUAUCCAGAUGGGGAAACAUCAGCAUCAUUAGAGGAAAAGAAGCUUGAGAUGUUGGAUAUAUUCAGCCAAGAGGGACUCAAAGGCGCUGAGAGAGGAAGGGUAGAAGACCUAAUGGCAAUUACUUAUGCCAAACAGCGAGAAUACAUCAACGCUAAUCCUUCCCCAAGCAUUCUGGAUGUGGGUAAAGAGUGGCCCUUUCUCUUUUCACAGAAGUUUUUAUUGUCACACUUCACCACUCUUACCAAUGUUGAACUAUACACAAGACUGAAUGAAGAUUUGGACAAAAAGGGUAAAAGAAUCCUGGAUUUCUUCAGUAGUCAGAUUACAAAGUGGAGGAAGGAAGUAAGAGCUGUUCUGAAGGAAGCCCUAAAGAAGGACCGAGAAGGAACUGAUGGCCUAGCAGCGAUGCUUGUGAUGUUGGCACACUUCAAAGAACAAGAGGAGUCACUUUUUCUCCUUGCUGAUGUGACUACCACUCCUGCGGACGCAGAGGCCCAGCUUUCUCUCCCCAUCACUCCAAGGAUCAUCAUGCUCGGAGAAACAAUCCUGACUUCAGAGAGAUGGAUGCUGUCAAUUGAGGGGAGGGUUGUAAUACCACCUUCGGCUGACUUCACCUCUGCCUUGGCCACUCUCUUCGCCUGUUUUUAUGUGUUCAAUUUAGAGUAUCAGGUGGAAGCCAGCACAACUCUGGAGUUUGUUCAGAGGUUUUUAGUCAGGAUCAAUCCUGACUCCUCCAAGUGCACUGCCAAGGAGCAGAUCAGCAAGAUGACUGGGAGGGUGGUGAAGAGGAAAACUACAUACAUGAACCCCAGUGUCCUCUCAUUUAUUAGGGAUUUCACAGAGUUCUACUUGCUUGACUAGAUGAAGGUGCUACCCAAAAAAAUUCUUCAAGGUUGGCAGGGUUCCAACUGAUUCUGGUCAGGGCAUGCAAGGUUUCAUAAGGUUUCAUGUAAAUUUUCUAUUUGUUAUUUUAUUUGAAUGUUCUAAAUGUUAUAUUUUACUGUUCAAUGUUUUAUUAUGUUGUACCUGGUGAGGACCACCCAUCUAAGCACCAACCCACUGUUCCACUGUUGAGGUUGAGAACUGUACUGACAACUGUAUUAGGCCUAUAUAUUAUUAUAUUAUA